CCCAGUUCCUUCCAGACAGGGAGAUUAAAACAGCUAGUUAAUUUCUUCUAUUUGCAGGAGUCAGAAACGCUUUUGGGAUCUCUUGGUUUUUAACUGUUUCUGACAGAGAGAGGACACCACCUGCCAAGAUGUCCAGCAAACGAGCCAAGGCCAAGACCACCAAGAAGCGCCCCCAGCGUGCCACCUCCAAUGUCUUUGCUAUGUUUGACCAGUCACAAAUCCAGGAGUUCAAGGAGGCUUUCAACAUGAUUGACCAGAACCGUGAUGGCUUCAUUGACAAGGAGGAUCUGCAUGACAUGCUGGCUUCACUAGGGAAGAACCCUACCGAUGAGUACCUGGAGGGCAUGAUGAGUGAGGCCCCAGGCCCCAUCAACUUCACUAUGUUUCUCACCAUGUUUGGAGAGAAGCUUAAUGGUACUGACCCGGAAGACGUCAUCCGCAAUGCAUUCGCCUGCUUUGAUGAGGAUGCUACAGGUUUCAUUCAUGAAGACCAGCUGCGUGAACUGCUCACCACCAUGGGCGACAGAUUCACAGAUGAGGAGGUAGACGAGAUGUACCGAGAGGCCCCCAUUGACAAAAAGGGCAAUUUCAACUAUGUGGAGUUCACCCGCAUCCUAAAGCAUGGAGCCAAGGACAAAGAUGACUAGAACCAAGAGAUGCCGAUUCCACUCUGUCCUGUGCACGCCCCAUGUCCCUCCUCCCUGAACACCCUUGCUGCCUCUGGCCCAAAGCCACGGUGGGAUGACCUCAUGGAAAAUGCCUUAACACAUGUUACAGGAGGACUUGACCUUGCUCUGUGUUAGGGAUGAGGUGGCACAGACACAGGCCCCUCCCAUGAGGCAAUGAAUCCUCACAUUUUCAUCGCUUAGUCCUUCAGUGCACAUCAACCAGCCUCAGCCUCUGUAGAUCUCAUGUACAGCAAGUUAGUUCAGUCCCCCAAACAUCUGACGUAGAGAAUUUGAGGCGACAGCCAGAGGGGGGAGGAAUAACUCCCACAGGCUCACCUAGCCGAAUGGUCAUACCUGGCAAUAUGUUUCUGUAAUAGACAGCUACCCAUUACGUGACCCACUGUCAACUCCCAAGGGAGCAGGGCAAAGUCACUGUUUGUCCCUCAUCCACUGUGCUUUCUCCAAAGAGUCCACAACCCCAACCCUCUCCCCUGCUUCAGGGAGUAAUAGUGAAACCAUGAACCAUUCUCUUCUUUACUUCCCCCCUGGGAAUCCCUCAUUGCUGUGGCCCAUCAAGCCCAACAGCCCUGCCCUGCACUAGCCACACUUUGCACUUCAAUAGCACCUUUAUGCCCCUGUGCAGAAAAGAUCUCACCAAGUCCUCAGCAUGUCCCUGCCAUGCCCAAUCUCAUCCUGCAAACAGACCCUUGCAGUGGGGUGAAGAAGAGGAAAGGCGGGGGCAUUGCUCUACUGAGCAGUGGUAGUUGGUGCAGAUGGAUGGUGGAUACAGAGCCAGGCAUCCAAGGCAUCCCUGGGGUUGUGUUGCCGUGUGUAGCCAAGGGAAGGAUACAUUCUUUUGCUAUCAAACCUCUCAAUGCUGAGGACCGUGGUUUUCCCACCUAAUUGGCCCACCUUGCUGAGACACAAUAAACUCUUCUUCUGUAAUUUUCUUUACAAUCUUUACCUAUAAUCCGUCUGCUAUUUUAGUGCCGUAGUCCACAAGACAACCGCUCUCACCCCCAUCAGGGCUGUCAUAGCUCCUGUCAUGAAAAUAGGGCUGUCUUUCACGGAUUGCCUGUAAAAAUGAAGAGUUCCAGGGAUGCUGAUAGUGGAACAUGAGAUCUGCUAGAAGGGCCAGAUCAUGGGUCCCUCCAGCUUCCUGCCUCCAACAGUGUCCAGUGCUUCUGAACCAGGCUGAACCUGGCCAGGAUACACCUAGAUAAGUGUGGCCUCCUGACAGUCACUUAACACCCUGCAGCAUUUUGAUUAACCCCUUUCAUUACACGUGGAAAAUAAAACACCAGUCAUUGCAAAGAUGCAGGAGACAGAACCUAUAGGAACCCACAGGAAACCUCUCCACCUCUUACUAUGUAGUACAGCUCUAGCCUUUAGGAACAUGAAAAAGGAAAGGAAUGUAACUGGCUUCCUGUUCCUUUGCUUAAAAAAAAACAAACCAAGCAACAUCCACCCUGUUUUUUAUUCUUUGAACAGUUGUUUGUUUUCAUGGCUUAAAAGUCUGAUUUAAGGGAUUCAAUAUUGAAAUUCCAUAUGAAAUAUAAAGGAUCUAAUACAAAUGA